CAUAACCAACCAAACUUGUUUGGCCUGUUUGACCACAUUCGUUAGAGCUCACCUGGUUGUGAAAGCCGAAGUGCUCUGUUGUCACACUAUGCGGCUCACCUUGGGAUUGGCCACAGACUUUUAUUUAGGAUAGGCAUAUUAUUAUUUUCGGGGCAUUUAACAUUCAUGUGUGCGUUCAAAAUGUAUGUCGUCGUACUUUUGUUCCUUUUCGCGACACUUUCGACGGUGGACAGCGUGGAGAAAUGGUCGCUGAAUUACAUCUACACUGCCCUGUCAAAGCCAGUAGAAUUGCCUGGUAUCCAUGAGUUCACUGCCAUGGGUCUGAUGAAUGACAAACAGAUCGAUUACUAUGACAGUGUGGCAAAGAAGAAGAUUCCCAAACAGGACUGGAUGAGGGAGAAGCUGCCAGCAGACUACUGGGAUAAAGGCACUCAGUCACGCAAGAGCAAGGAGCAGUGGUUCAAAGUCAACGUCAACAUCCUGAUGGAUCGCAUGAGGCACAACAACACUGAUGUCCAUAUCCUUCAGUGGAAACAUGGCUGUGAGAUUGACCGACAGAGUGACGGCACAUUGAAAUUCAUAAAGGGCACAGACCAGUACAGCUACGAUGGUGACGACUUCCUGGCCUUUGAUGAUGCCAAUAUGCAGUGGGUGGCCCCAGUUGUUCAAGCUCAGCCGACUAAGAGGAAGUGGGACGGGGUCCAGAUCCUCAACCAGUACACCAAGGGCUACCUGGAGAAGGAGUGUGUGGACUGGCUUUCCAAAUUCAUGGCAUACGAGGACAAAGAAGUCAGUAGGGCUGAUUCCCCAAAGGUCUAUGCGUUUGCUAAAAAGGCCAAAACUGCCGGAAAUGUCCGACUGACCUGCAUGGCCACAGGUUUCUAUCCCAAAGAUGUAGAAAUGCAUAUUAAGAAGAAUGGUGUUCCAUUGACCGAACGUGAUGGAGUGCAGUCUACAGGAAUCCUACCCAAUGAUGAUGACACCUACCAGAUCAGGAUGAGUGUGCAGAUCCCAGAGGCAGAUAAGGGAACUUAUGAAUGCUCUGUCAACCAUGUAGCUUUGAAGGAGCCAGUUGUGGUAAAAUGGGAUGGGAAAUGCUGCGAUUGUACCCAAGUAACAGGUGUUGUCAUUGGUGCUGUUGUUGCGGUGGUCCUCCUGCUGAUCGUGUUUAGCUCCAUGUUGGUUCUUUGGAAGAAAGGCAAAAUAUUUGCUGGUACAAAAGGAGAUCUACCAGCUACUGGGAUCCAGGCACCUCUAAAUGUGAUAAAGGAUGACGCUAUCAGCACUGACUCUGGGACAAAGGAUGACGCUAGCAGCACUGACUCUGAUCAAGGCAGCAUCGAACGUCUAGAGAGGGAGACAAUGCUGGCUAAUGGAGUGACAAAGGAUGACGCUAGCAGCACUGACUCUGGUCAAGGCAGCAACGAAAGUCUAGAGAAGAAGGCAAUGCUGCCAAGUUGAGCCAUUGAGGAGUGACUGACAACGCAUCUAAAUCUAGCAAACAACAUGUGAUUCUGUUUUGUCAACAAAUACUGUCAAUGUGGAUGUGUACAUUCCCAAGAAUGGGCCGUUUUGAUCGGCUUGGAUUUGAAUACUUAUUAAUGAACGUUUUGAUCUUUCGAAUAUCAUAAUAGAAUUCCUUUUCAACAAAUUGAUUUGUAAACCACCUAUAUUUGGGCCAUUUUAAUGUAUUGGUAUUGGAACCUUAUUCUAUUUCUAUUGUAGAUUGUUUAUUUUAAACUAGAAAUCAAUCAUUUAAAUCGUUGCACACACAUAAACACACAUGCACUGAACUGCUUUUUAAAUAUGUUUUGUUUUCAUUUUUCGGGGAAAGUAUAAAUCACUGCAUUAAUAAAAUACUCCUUUAUGAACCAA